UACAGUCUUGAGAAAAAUUUUGAGGCCCAUUCUCAGUAUCUGCAUCUCAGUAUCUUCCACAGACAUGGGGUCAGCAGAUAUACUCUAAAAUGUGGAUUCUGACUGUAAUACCUAUUUCUGUAUCUCUAAAUGACUGUAAUCUGCGACAAGGCAGAAAUGAGUGUCUUGAAAUACAAGAGUUACAGUGGUAUCAUCUAGCUCUCCUCUUUCUUUCACUUAUUUUACAUAGAAGGAAAAAGAGGCACAUACACGGAAAAAGAGGCACAUGAAGGGUAAAUGGUUCAGAGAUCAGUAAUGUAUGCAGAUUUUCUCCAAGAUCAUGCUCAGUUCUACCUAUUAAGGAGAAAAAGUAAAGAAAAACACAGUUGAUUGCAGUUGUUAAUGGAUCUGGGGAAGUCCAAUGAAAUCUCACUGGCUGAAAUGGAAUUUGACUGAGACAGUGAGGUCAAGACCCUAUUUUUAGAGAGGCAAAGAUAUCUUUUAAUCAUGUUUUUAUAAAUAUCAAGAUCUAAGCAUUAUGUUUUACUUUCAGUAGUCACACCUAGGAUCAUAGCAUCAUACUGGAUAGACAGGGUGUUGGAUAGGAUCUGAUGUAGUUUGAUUACAAGACAAACAGAAAAGAGCCUAUCUAAAAGCCACUCGAGGGAGCUUUUUGGAGAUCUUGUUAAAGUUCUUUUUGUAAAAGAUAAGCUUUGAACUGCAAACCCUGCUCCCCCAAGUUAUAAAGUAGCUGGGAGCAAAAGAUGGUGAUUUUAAAAUAGAGUAAGUGUACAGAUAGCAUAAGGAUCUUGUCUUUAGGACCAUACCAAGUGGAAAAGAUACACCAUGCAAAGAGAGACAACAAAGUAAAAUACACUUUCAAAAGUCGAAUUUUGCUAAUUUUAAAGUUGUAUUUCUUCUAUGGGAUACAUGUCCUAAGACUGAGGAUGAAAAAUGGGGAUAAGGACCAUUGAAAUAGUCUUACAAUUCUCCCAAAUUAUUCUCUAUUCUAGAUCCAUACACAAGGGAGCAGCAAUUCUCUGCCUUCUUUAAAGACCUGUUCUCUAAUGUUGAAAUGGCCAUUUGUAAGAGUAUGGAGAGGAAACAUUAAAUAUGAACAGGAAUCCUGGGGCCUGUAACAUUCCUAUGUAAUCAGUAUUCCUCCUGGUUCUGAACACUAAGGACUCUACAGGUAAUGGAGUCAGUUUUCAUGCAUAUUAUUCACUUGUGUCUGCUCUGACUCUACCCACCUUCCCCACCUUCUCUCAACUCUCAUCAAAAUAUCUUCACUGUUGUGGGGUAGAAAAUUGUCCUUACGGCAAGAAGUUGAACCUGGCAAUAUAAAAAGUGUGGCCUUGACCCUUAAUCUUAAGAAAAAAGUACUCUGAGAAAAAUCCCAUUUUGCUAUUCACAUCACUUAGUCUCUUCUUGGAUUUUGCCCUUUCUUCCAGAAAUAAAGUGAUAAUGAUGGCUCCCUAAAAAACCCUUUAAGCCUUCCCAAAGGUAAGAUAAGCUUCUGAUUAUUGUCCUUACAGUAAGAUGCUAUAAUUUGCUCUCUCCCAAAAACUACUAGGGAAAGACAACAUCUUUUUACAUUAGGGGUGGAGAUGAGAGUAUCAGCCUUUAAAAAUAGGACAUUUGCUUGUUCUGACUUUGAAGCCUGACACAUUACAUUAGGGGUGGAGAUGAGAGUAUCAGCCUUUAAAAAUAGGACAUUUGCUUAUUCUGACUUUGAAGCCUGACACAAGGAUGUGGCUUUAUGUGGAACCUUUUCCCAUUUCGACCCGCCCUAGCUUUAGCCUCUUCAGCUUUACCGUGGUGUCAAAGUAGAACACUCAUCUGGAGAUGGAUUUCUUUUUUUUUCUUUUUUUUUUUUUUUUUGAGAUGAGUUUCGCCCUUGUUGCCCAAGCUGGAGUGCAGUGGCACAAUCCUGGCUCACUGCAACUGCCGCCUUCCAGUUUCGAGCGAUUCUCCUGUCUCAGCCUCCCAAGUAGCUGGGAUUACAGGUGCCCGCUACCAUGCCUGGCUCAUUUUUGUAUUUUUAGUAGAUGGGGUUUCACCAUGUUGACCAGGCUGGUCUCAAACUCCCGACCUCAGGUGAUCCACCCACCUCGGCUUCCCAAAGUGCUGGGAUUACAGGUGUGAGCCACUGUGCCCAGCCGAAGGUUCUUCUCAUUCUUGCUUUUACUUGUGUGAUUUUGGUCAAGGUACUUAAUAUCUGUGGACAAGUUUCAUCAGUUAUAAAAUAAGAGGAAGAACUAAAGUUAAGCCAAAGGUAAAAAAAGAAUAAUCACUAUUACAGUUUCCCAUAUACUUUAAUGACUCUUGGAGGUUAUCUCACUCAAAAGCAGGAUCUGCCUCACUUUAAUUUGGGUCCUUAUAAUAGGUCCAGCAUAAGAUGGCAUGGUCAGAGAACAUGUACAGAGAACUGUAGCCCAUAAUUAUGAAGAGAGAGAUUUGUUUGCUUUUAUUAUGGAAUCUCUUCUAUAUUUGAAAAAACAUACUCAAUAUAAAUGAAAGGUCAGGGGUGAAUGAAUUGUGCUUUAAGUAAGUUUUGAAUACAAUUGCCAUCUAGUCUUUGCACUCUGCAAAAUUCUUCUCUAAGUGAAUAAAUGUGUAGGGCAACUCUCCAUUACCUUGAUCAGCAUCUAAUACCAACCUGACACUUAGAAUUAAAUUAGAGAAACAAAAUUGGAUACUUUGAGACUUGAGGGCUGAUUAUACUGCUUGAGCUAAGAAUGGAUUUAAACUCUUCCCUUAUCCCAUUUAAAUCUAACUAGGUAUAAACUCUCCAUUACUAAGGAAUAGAGGUGUGUCUGCAGAGGUGGGGGUUCCCCUUGAUGUUCUUGGACAAGGAAACCUAAUCCUUUCUUCUGACACACAUGGUUGCAAUAGAAACCAUUUCCCAACUGCCAGUCUGGUUUUAAUCUGUUGUUUCUAGCAAGAGAGGAUUUUCAGGGAAUGUUAAGGAGAGAGUAAAAUUACCAGAACUUACUAUAAAGUAAAAGUGUUGAUGAGAAAUCAAAAUUUAAACAAGUGUUCAAAAUUGUAAGCAUGAACAUAUGUAGACAUAUAGUUCAUGCUAUAAGGAUAGGACUAUAAAAGUUUUAAAUCUUAGGUAUGUUUAAAGUCUGCUUUCCAUACAACAUUUAUAUCUUACUUUACCAAAGUUCUUUAGCUUACUCAAAUGAUAGCAGUGGUAAAAUACCGUCAUUAAAUACAGUGGUGCUUCAUUUAAACACCACUGUUGGAGAAUGAAGUAUUCCAUAGGAGAAUUUUCCGUAUAACCAACUGCAUAAUACACACUUUUCUUUUCUUUCUUUUUUUUUUUUUUUGAGACAGUCUUGCUCUGUCGCCCAGUGUGGAAUGCAGUGGCUUGAUCUCGGCUCCCUGCAACCUCUGCCUCCCUGGUUUAAGCAACUCUCGUGUCUCAGCCUCCCGAAAAGCUGAUGCAGGAGAAUAGCUUGAGUCUGGGAGGUGGAGGUUGCAGUGAGCCGAGAUCGCGCCACUGCACUCCAGCCUGGACGAGAGUGAGACCUUGUCUCAAAGAAAAAAAAGGAAAUGAGGCCACACAUGUCUAAAAAGACCACUUAUAUUGCCCUCUAAGAGAACUGGGAGUUCCUAAACAAACUUUUUAAAGGUUGCCUUCACAUAGCUAAAAUCAGAAAUGCAGCCUACUUGACUUUCUUCCAGUCUAAAGCGCUGCUACUAAUAAUCCCCAAGGAGAUUCUCCUUCCAGGAAGGCUGCGCAGACAAGGGAUCCAGGGAAAAACACUAAAGCCCCACCCCGUUCCUGUCCCCACCUACUUGGCAAAAACUGCACUCCCCCUGAUAGCGGCUGCGCUGCGCAGCCUGGAGGCCCAGGCCGCGCCCAGCAAGCAGGAGUCGCGAGACUGGGAUUGGCUCUCUGAACAGACGUCAUUCCGAACAAGGCGGCUCCGCCCUUCUCAAGAUGGCGCUGCACUCAAUGCGGAAAGCGCGUGAGCGCUGGAGCUUCAUCCGGGCACUUCAUAAGGGAUCCGCAGCUGCUCCCGCUCCCCAGAAAGACAGCAAGAAGCGAGUAUUUUCCGGCAUUCAACCUACAGGAAUCCUCCACCUGGGCAAUUACCUGGGAGCCAUUGAGAGCUGGGUGAGGUUACAGGAUGAAUAUGACUCUGUAUUAUACAGCAUUGUUGACCUCCACUCCAUUACUGUCCCCCAAGACCCAGCUGUCCUUCGGCAGAGCAUCCUGGACAUGACUGCUGUUCUUCUUGCCUGCGGCAUAAACCCAGAAAAAAGCAUCCUUUUCCAACAAUCUCAGGUGUCUGAACACACACAAUUAAGUUGGAUCCUUUCCUGCAUGGUCAGACUACCUCGAUUACAACAUUUGCAUCAGUGGAAGGCAAAGACUACCAAGCAGAAGCACGAUGGCACGGUGGGCCUGCUCACGUACCCAGUACUCCAGGCGGCCGACAUUCUGUUGUACAAGUCCACACACGUUCCUGUUGGGGAGGAUCAAAUCCAGCACAUGGAACUAGUUCAGGAUCUAGCACAAAGUUUCAACAAGAAGUAUGGGGAGUUCUUUCCAGUGCCCGAGUCCAUUCUCACAUCCAUGAAGAAGGUAAAAUCCCUCCGUGAUCCUUCUGCCAAAAUGUCGAAAUCAGACCCUGACAAACUGGCCACCGUCCGAAUAACAGACAGCCCAGAGGAGAUAGUGCAGAAAUUCCGCAAGGCUGUGACAGACUUCACCUCGGAGGUCACCUAUGACCCAGCUGGCCGCGCUGGCGUGUCCAACAUAGUGGCGGUGCACGCCGCGGUGACGGGGCUCUCUGUGGAGGAAGUGGUGCGCCGCAGCGCGGGCAUGAACACUGCUCGCUACAAGCUGGCCGUGGCAGAUGCUGUGAUUGAGAAGUUUGCCCCAAUUAAGCGUGAAAUUGAAAAACUGAAGCUGGACAAGGACCAUUUAGAGAAGGUUUUACAAAUUGGAUCAGCAAAAGCCAAAGAGUUAGCAUAUACUGUGUGCCAGGAGGUGAAGAAAUUGGUGGGUUUUCUAUAGGAAGUUUCAACGAAUCACAGCAAGGCUUUUGUGCCUUGCACUCCAUGCAUUCUGAUAACGGCAGCUUUCCUAACAAGAAAAAGUUAUAGUUUUGGGACAUUUAAUUUGGUAUAGCUGAUUAUUGGCUUUAUUUGAUGAAUAUUGCUUUGUAGCUUUGAAAUACGACAGUUUUCCAAAUCCCAUCAACAAAAUGCUGUGAACAACAACAACAAAAAAUAAAUCAAGAAGGCAUAGCUGUCUGAAUCCCCAAUUAUUGAGGCACACUCCUUGGCCUGCACAAAUGUGAUUGAAGUAAGGAGUAAUUUGGGAAAUGCAGUAUCAUUUGUGCUUCUCUCUGGAGUACGUACUGUAACAGAUGCACACUUUAUCUACUUCAACCCUUUUAUAAAGCAAUAUAUAGAGGUCUUAGAUGUAUAAUCCUUGAGAUGCCAUUUGAUCAGAUGCCAAUUUGUAUUCAGAUCUCAUAAAAACAAGUCCAUUCUUAUAGUUUGUCACUGAGACGGUGCCUGAUUUAAUAUAUUUAAGCUGCUUAACUUGUUUUCCAAGAGAUAACACCAACUGUUCCAGCAAUAAUUUGUUUUUUAAUUCAGAGAUAUGGGAUAUGAUCUUCUAAGGAGGUUGCAUUAUUUUGACUUGAUUUAUUUAUUGUACAAGAGCCCAGGUCCCUGAAUUAUAUUCUUAAUAAGUGCUUUCUUGCAUUCAUUUCAGUUUAGUCUCACCAACCCCCUAUGAAUUAGGAGAAUUAUUGUCACUUUACACAUGAGGAAAGUGAGGCUGAGAGAAUCCAAUUAGCUUGUACGAUAUCACUCCAUAAGAGAAGCAAAUCUGAGAGUAAAACCCUUACCCCUUAUUCUUAAGAAUAGUGCUUGUUUAUUCGGUACAAAAAAAAAUGCUGAAAGGCAGCGUUUUUUAGACUCUAAACGUUCUGAUUUUGAAGGUGGGUAUUGGAACGACUGAUGAUGUUUAUAUCAUCAAUUCAGCCAAUAGAUGCAAACUUAAAAUCUGGAUUCAGACAACCGUGGUCACAUUUCCCCAUCAAAAUCCCCAAGGCGGGUCCCAAGUUCUCUCCUCUACGCUCAUUGCAGAAAUACUUUGAAAUAGGUUCUGCCAGUCUACAAUAGCAGUGAAGACUGACAAAUCAGAUAUUCCCAAUGACUGAUAGCUUCUCAUCUUGCCUCUACCUCAGUUAAGUAAUGUCACCCUGAAACCUAGCUUUUCUGCACUUCCAUUUCUGACACCUGAAAAUGAAAAUGAUAAUCUUGACUUAUACACCAAGACCUGUUAGCAAGAUCGGUUUUGUAACAGAAAUUGCUUAUAAGUUUUUUGUCAGUAAAGACCAUGAUCACCAUUUGUAUAUACAUAACUAGGUUGUUGAGCAAAGCAUUUUUGCUCAUGUUUCUUAAGGAAGUAGAGUAGUCCUUGUGUCAGAACACAUGUUAAUCCACAAAACACCGCAUCCCAGAUUCCACAUUAAAACAUCCUUUUUAGGAUUCUUAGAGCUAGCCUGGAUCAUGGGAAAAGGAAACAUUUUGCCUUUUGUAUCUUAUAUUGGAAUGGGAUGUCUGUAAGUCCUAGAACCUCUUUGAGCAUAUUUCUUACAAGCCUCUGUUUUUUCCCCUUUAAAGGAAACUUUGAAAGGAUUGUGAAUACUGGAAAAUUACAAAACUAAAGGUAGAUCUAUCAAGCCAA